AUGUCAGCAACUGAAACGGGUUCUUCGCCAGUGCCACCCAACUCGCGGGCAUCAUACAUGGACGACUUCCUUUCAUCCCCACUGCCUUCUUCGACAACCUCCGAAAUAUUGGGAAAUGCCAGUACCGAACUGAAGGAGAUUGCGGUCAAGUGGUAUUUUCUCUUCCGAUCAUCAGGGAGUGACUUUGGGAAAACGUGCUCCGAGCUCAAAGUUACGGAGGUGUGGGUGCAGGAUCACGUCGAUUCAGAGGACAUAGGUGCCCAGAAUGAGAGUGUAGAGGAGAGGGUACGGAGAGGACAUCCGACUGGACAGAGGGAGGUGAAGAUGGUUGCAGAAGUCGAGGUCAAACCGGAAAUGUGUGACGGGGAAGGAUAUCUACACAACGGAUGUAUGGCCUUGAUCAUUGACGAGGGCUCCGCGAUCGCAUUGCUUGUCCACAAAGUGUUGGAGGGAGGAAGAAACAUCAUCGGUGUGUCUCAGAACAUCAAUAUCCUUUACCACGCGCCUGCUCCAGUUGGAACCAGAUUGCGGAUAGUGAACCGGUCGGUGACGACGGCUGGCGUGCUGGGUACCUGUCGGAGCGAUAUCUGGGAUAAAGACACCAACCGAUUAAUCGCAACGGGCCUACAGAGUCAGGCAGAUAGAAACAAUGUUUGA